AUGUCCGUAUUCAAGUCAGGACCGGGGCGUGCUUCCGAGCGGUGUGUGGAAGCCGGACAAGCGGGCAAUGAGACAGCAGUGAAUAUCCGCGCAGUGAAUGCAGAAGGAGAUCGCACCGAGCCAGCGUCUCAUGGAAAGAAGGCUGAAACUGAAGAUGACUUUGUUAAAGUUAAAAGGAGGGAUUUGGAAAGGCUGACAACGGAGGUUAUGCAGUUGCGGGAUUUCUUACCCAAAAUACUGACUGGGGAUAUCUUGGGGACAUUCCAGAAACUGGAUGCUCUUGAAUCAAACAUGGAGAAAAAGGAGGAAGAAGUAGAGCAGCUGAAAAUGGAUUGUGAACACUUCAGAUCCCGCCUGGAAAUAGCCCAGGCAGACUGCAUGAGAGAGAAGAAGGAGAAACUAGACCUGCGACAGCACCUGAAUGAGGCUAAGCAGCAGCUCCUGCAGCAGGCAGAAUAUUGCACAGAAAUGGGUGCAGCGGUCUGCACCUUGUUGUGGGGUGUAUCUAGCAAUGAGGAAGCAGUUAAGAACAUUCUAGGAGCAAGUAAAGCAGUAAAAUUUUUUACAAUCACUGCACAGACUAUGGAGAGUUUUGUGAAGUCGUUAAAUGAAGACAUGAAGCAGCAGGAUCUGGAUUCUGAUGAAAAUCAGUUUGUCUUAGCUUUGGCAGGGAUUGUAACAAAUGUAGCUGCACUGGCUUGUGGCCGGGAGUUCUUGGUUACUUCAAAUCGGGAGCUACUGGACACAAUGAUGCAGCUCUUGGGAGACAUGAAGCCGGGACUCUGUACUAAAUUUAAAGUGCUAAUGUUAAUGUCACUUUACAAUGUGAGCAUCAACUUGAAAGGCUUGAAGUACAUCAGUGAAAGUCCAGGUUUUAUUCCUUUGCUUUGGUGGCUAUUGAAUG